GAGUCGUCUGAUCUUGCUCCAAGAGGAAAACCGUAGCAAUUUAUUUCCUCAUAGCGAAAGCCUCGGCGGCCUAGCUAUUUCUCGCACCGUAGUGAGCAGACGAGGCCUCCAAUCAUGGGAAACGAAAGCUCCCUUCCGAUGGAGAUGUGCUCCAACUUCGAUGCGGACGAGAUAAAGCGGCUGGGCAAACGCUUCAAGAAGCUUGACCUGGACAACUCUGGGUCGCUGAGCAUCGACGAAUUCAUGUCCCUCCCCGAGUUGCAGCAGAACCCGCUGGUGCAGCGUGUCAUCGACAUCUUCGACACGGACGGCAACGGGGAGGUCGAUUUCAAAGAAUUUAUUCAAGGUGUUUCGCAGUUCAGCGUCAAGGGUGACAAGGAAUCCAAGCUGAGAUUUGCCUUCCGCAUCUACGACAUGGACAACGACGGCUUCAUCUCCAACGGGGAGCUGUUCCAGGUGCUGAAGAUGAUGGUGGGCAACAACCUGAAGGAGGCCCAACUGCAGCAGAUCGUCGACAAGACCAUCCUCUUUGCUGACCGUGACGAGGACGGAAAGAUCUCCUUCGACGAAUUCUGCUCGGUUGUUGGCAACACGGAUAUCCACAAGAAGAUGGUGGUGGACGUUUGAUGGUCCGGAUCCCAGAAGAGGCUCGUCUGUGUUCUCACGCCCCGGUUUCUUUUGCUCCUUUUCUCGGAAAACCCUUCAAACGUGUGCUUCCUCGUUUCCUGCCAGUAUCUCUGUGCUGCCGCGGCCGCCGCGGCCGCUGCCUCGUCCCGACGAUGGAAGAAACGCAAACGGCAGCUAGCCGUAGCCCUCCGCGUCUCGUUUUUCCUCGCUCGCGCGUAAUUUAUUUCUCUUGGCGGCCGCGAGAUGGCGCCACCGCACUUCCGCCCCCUUCCCCCUUCCUCGUCCAGCUGCAUCACAGGCGCGUAUUUUGCAGACGCGCCGCGUUUUCGUGCAUAUUGGCACAACUACUCUACGUUCCUCGCCUCUCUUUUGACGCACUAGCUACAAUCUUUUCCUCGUCGACGCUGUAAGUCCGAUUGACAAAACAAAAAGCCCCUUCUCUUUCUUGCGUGUUUCAGCGAGUAAGAUACCUAAACAAUGUAAGCAAACCAUGCCAGCACACUGCUCUCGAGGCUUUCUGCAGUAUAUUUGUGCUCUUGCCUCUUUCUUUUGCGUGUAUUGUAGUUUGCAGGUUUGGUCUUUGCUCCCAUCUGGCCAUGUACUAUAUGCCUGUAAAUAUUUUGUUCCCCUCGAAAUUGUUACCUCUGCGUUUUAGCUCUCCAGUGUCUUUUUCCUCGUGAGGCUGCACUGAAAUCUGAAUUCUUUUUUUUUUCUUCCUCGUUUUAAUAUUAUUUUUCUGUUAACCCGAGAGACAGCACUGUGGUAUGUCUCUAGUCAUAAGAGUCUGCAGUGGAACCAGUUUUUGGAUUGUACUUUACUGAGAUUGCAUAGUCAAGUUCUUGAAGCGUGUUGGGGGCCGCCAUUCUUUUUUGUACACCCGAUGACUCCCUUAGUUGAGAAAGUGCUGUCUUCACCGUAUUGAACUUAAGUCUACAGUUUGGCAACAUCAAAGGAAAUGUCGAGGCUGUGCAUUUUCUUUUUUUAAUCCUGGCAUGUGCGAAUAAGAAGACUGUGCAAGUGUGCAUGACAAUUUACACCUUCGACUUGCUACUUCUUUUUUUUUUUCGUUGAACAUUGAAUCUGUUAGGCACUGUCAGAUUUUUCGGCUUUGGUGUUCACGCCCGUUUUUUUUUUGUGUGUUGCAGUUUACAAAAGCUUUAGAACUUGCUAAAUGUGACAGAGUUGCUCAUUAUUGUCACCCCCAGACAGGUGUUGCUGCAUGUAAUGUCCUCUAGUGGUGUAUUUGGAAAGUAUAGAUGCAUCUGCCUAAGUUUAUAAGAUUUUUUUGUCAGAUACUGCUUUUUUUUUUUUUUCAGCUCCGAUAUUUUAUGUUUGCUUUGCCUCUUCAAAGCAGAGCAUUGAAGGAAUUCUUUUUUUCUGGUAUGCGUUUCUUGUUGGUUCUGCCACAAGCCCUCCAGAGCGUAAGAUGACGAUUUUAAAUGGGAACACCUUGCCAGCCAGCCACGAGAUGGCGUUAGCAACUUGCUGUUAUAAGAGUGAAAAAAAAAAAAAAGACAGCAGCUAUUGUUACUGCAUCACAUGUAAAACUCGCACCAAUGGUUCGUUUUAGAUGUAGAUUUUGGAAGGUGUAGUUUUAUAAUACACUAGUGCAAUCUUACUUCACUCGGUACUGUUGUCUGUUCACUUUUGUGCACUGUACAAGACUAUGUUUUUGAUGCUUGGGCUUAGAAGUCUUGACAUGCAGGUGGUAGCACAUCAUUAAUGCCUCAGUUCAUGCAAGUAUCCGUGGGUGUUCAUAGAGGUUCUUGUCAUGACUGUUAACAUGCGGGUGUCUUGUGUGUCUUAGUGGCCAGGUCAAGCAAUUGUGUUCCUCACUUUUAUGUGUAGUGCAAGCUGCUGUCACUCGUCUGUUGUCUGUGCAUAUGGCCAAGUUAUGUUGAGCCACUUAUAUUACUUGCAAAUUGUAACAAUACAGCCCUUUCAAAUACCUUCAGUUUGUUUAAUUUGGGGUUUCGGUGUGCAAUUUUGUUGUGCCAAGUGUAGUUAACAGUAGACGUUAAAAAAACAGAAGGAUGGACGAUCUCGUAUUGAUUUUUGUGUUGUACAUAGCCUUCCCAGUGUAAACUUGUCUGGCCCCAUUUCCUGAUCAAGAUUCACUGCAACCCCACUAACAGAGCUAAUGUGGCACUGCAAUACCUUUCGGUUGGGGCCUUGUAGUACAGGACUUUCGAAUCCAGUUUUUUUUUUUUUUUCUUGGAGGGUUGGAAUCCCAAAUCUGCAACUUUUGGAACUGGAACCUUCAAAACUUGUACUUUAGAAGUGGAACUUUCAAAGGUGAAACUUUCAGGACUGGAACUUUCAAAACCGAAACUUUCAAAACCAAAACUUCCAGGACUAAAACUUCCAAGACUGGAACUUUCUGGAGUGGAACGUUCAAGACUGGAACUUUCUGAACUGGAACUUUCAGGACGGGAACGUUUCAGGACGGGAACUUUUCAGGACUGGAACUUUUCAGGCCUGGAACUUUCAGGCCUGGAACUUUCAGGCCUGAAACUUUCAGGCCUGAAACUUUCAGAACUGGAACUUUCAGAACUGGAACUUCCAACACCGGAACUUUCAGGAUCGGAACAUCCAGGACGGGAACAAUCAGGACUGCCCACUCCCAUAUCUGAGUACUUCCAGAUCUGUGGACUUUCAGAACAGAUUUUUAAUGCAAGGCGAUCAGUGCAAUACCUUCAACCGCAUGGCCCUUUACUGCAAGGCUUUUCAAAAAGUGCAAUGCCUUUCGAUAAAAGGCUUCCUAGUGAAUAACCCUUCAGUGCUAAGCUUUUCAGAGUAGGUCAUGGAGUGCUGGGUCUUUUCAGUGCAAUGUCAUGGAGCUAAAUGAAUUGUCUGCACAUUCCCCCCUUUUGCAGGUAGGGUGUAUCCUUUAAUACCCUCUUGGAUACCACUGUUCUGCAUUAAUGGCCUUUGACCUACAUUUAUUUGAGCAUUAUGGAGUACCCUGCUUUGUUCUUUCAUUGUUUGGGGGAUUUUGUGUUGCAGCAUCCUCCUGCCUGAAGCUAUGCUGGCAUGUUGAUCACAUAUCCCCUCUGUAAAUUGUUUAAGGAAUAAAUAUUUAAGAAACAAGUG